CAAGCCCAUGCAGGUGGAGCGGCGCACGGAGCUCCCAGCGCGCUCCCGGCACGUCCCGGCUGACCAGCGCAUGAACCAGAGCAUCUCCCCAAACCAGGCGUGCUGGGGGAACCAGGGCCAGGACACGAGACUGACUGCGUUUGCCCUCCUGCUUUACUUCUACUGUGGAGGAAAUUUCAGCAAGAACAUGUAUAGUGAAUUGCUCAAUUCAACCAGUGCCACUGAAGCUCACCUAAUCAUUCAGACCAACACGCCCUACCUGAGCAGCACUCCGAGACCCGUGAGCUCCUCAGCUCUUUACAUGUCGACAGCCAGGGUGUUAAAAGAAGGGGAAAUAAAUAAGCCCGACCUGGUGACUUACAUMAUUCUGUUUUUCUUUCUGUUCUUGACUGUGACAUUCAUAGUGUUCUUCAUAAACUGCCAGCUGAAAAAUUCUUUUUUUGCUACUCUUCCUUACGACAGAUCGCUCAGGGAAGCGAGGAACCCGUGGAGGACACAAGCUGUCUGACACUUCUCAUUCCAGCAGGAGCAGGCACCAGAAAGCCUGUGCAAUAAAGAGUUCGUGCCAUGUGCCAGGGCACGGAUGUGACCCCCUUUAGAGUAARGGGCAGGAGGAGAUUGAUGAAAAUUGUGCUGUAUGCCAAUCUGAGUAGCUGUAAAUAAAAAGCUGUUAUGAACUGAAGAGAAUGCUUUAGCAAAUUUAUACAGUUGUUGCAAAAAAAAUUGCCCCGUGAUUCCAGAUUAAGCUAUGUGUGUAUGCAAAUGUCAUCAUCCACCCAUUCAGUGUCCAUAGAAGGAUAAUUGUAUUAACAACAAUCUCUGAUUUGGGCAUCUGGUGGAGCUUKUUCCCCCAUGUUUAUGAAACCAAGCGUCAAAUGUAAAAAACCAGUGUAUUUACCUAACAGCUCCACACUUAGAUGAGUUUACUUUCCAGACCCAUUUCUCCCAGCUGCUGCUGGAACUGCAUGGUGAUGCCGUGGGAGGCCUGCCAAGCAGGACGAGAAAGUGAUAAAUGUUUAUUUUGACUUUUGAUUGUCAUUCUGUUAAGGGUGUUUUUUAUGUUUGAAUGCGUCAUCGAGCAAGUUUUAAGUUACUACUUAUGUGAAACACUUGUUACCUAAGGAAUUUGUUUUCAACUUCCAUAAGCUACAAAGGAAAUUAUUUGCCACAGCAUGAAACCAAAACAAUCAGGAUAGGGAGAAGGGGAAAAUGAAUAUAUCUAAUAUUGUGUAAACUAAUGAAAGGGGUGAGCAUAGCACAAAAAAUGGGUAAGUUCUGAAAGCCAUAAAAAAACCAGCUUUACAGGAUACGUUGCUUUACCGCGCAGUAUCCCCACUCCUUGUUCUUCAUCUAAACCUAGCCCGAUUAGAAGCAUGAAUUAUCAAUAUGAGAACAGCUUGAUUCAACACUGGUCACUGGCAAACCACACCAUUUUAAAUUAUUAACUAUCUGAUUUUGUUSUAAAAGCUUCUGCUUAACACUGAUAGCUGACGCGUUAUUUUGUGGAUGCUGGUUUCUUGUAAACUUGCAGUUACAGCACAAUUAUGGAUCAAGCUGCACAAACUCUGGAAGGUUGUCUGUAAUUCCCACAAACAGUGGGCAAAGGGUUUGUGGGUUUUUUUGUUUUGUUGUUUGUUGUUUUUUCAAAUUUUAUUUUUUUUAAACCCAAUGGCUCAACAUACAAGAGAAUUGCAACUAUCCAGAACCACCCAGUCCUAAAUCCUAUUUUAGCUGCAGUUUUGGCUAUUAGAUCAUCCAAAAUGGAAAUUCAAAGUGGUGUCAGAUGCUGUGCUCCUACACCUGUUCUUGACCUGCAGGGUACAACAGAGGAGCUGUGUGUAUAUAUGUGUAUARAACUUAUUUCAUCCAAAUGAGAUUUUACAAUGCAAUUACACACACAUACAGGCUUGCACUUGAGCACAGACAAAAUAUGUAUAUAUGGAAGUCUGUUUGCAAGCUUUUUCUUUUUUUUAACCCCAAAAUUGCACAGUUGAGAACACUUCUGUGUCAAAUUGUCUUCGUUACCAUGUUUUGUUUUGCUCAAGAAAGCUAAACUACUACAUAACAGAUUUCAGUAUUUUAUUCCUUGAUAUGUGGCCGAUAUUUCCUCUCAACCAAAUUUAACUGGUGUAAUUCCAAGCAGUUACUCUAAUGUAGAAAGCAACAAUAAAUGCAAGUGUGUUUCUCUCAGCCCUUUUUGAAUAAAUCAAGUUUUAUCAAA